AUUCUCAAAAUCAAAAAAAAAAAAAAAAAAAAAAAAAAAAAACCAUCAAAGUGGGAAUACAAAGCAACUCAACCAAUCAAUUCAUUCAUUCAUUCAUUUCUAUUCUACUUUAAAUUCAAAAUUCAAUUCCAUUUUAUGAUUCUAUGAUGGGUUCCAAAAUCCCCUAAUUUAUUUUCUUUCCUUUAAUGCGGUUCGUAAAUGCCAUUUAAUUGUUAUAUAUACGCUUCAUUUGUGCUGUUGUGUUCUAGGGUUUUUUGAUGAAGACGAUGAGUAGAAGAAGUUCAACUACGGAUGCAAAGAAAGGAAAUUGAUUGGGUGAGUUAGUGGUUUUAGGGCUCAUGAAGACGGCGGCGAGCGGCGGUGCUACGGGGGUCAAUAUGCCGGAAUCGCAACAAAAUCCGGCGGCGGCGGAGAUGUUGGUUGAGGAUCUGUUUGGUGGAAAUGCUGGUGAAAAUCGAGGUCCGAACCAACUUUCCGUCGAGAAUUACGGUUUGUUUGGAGGUGUUGAGAGUUCGGUGGUUGGGGAUGACCCGGUUCUGGCUUGGUUCAGUGAAUUCAACGUCGAGAAUGGCGGUCCUGUUCUCUAUGAUGGGUUGAUUCGAACCCAAUUUGGUGGAAAUGAAGUUUCAAUUUUUGGGGGUGAAGGAAUUCAGGGUAUCUCCGGCAGAGCCCCCGACGGAGUAGCUAGUCUGAACCCUAGUUCUGAACCAUUUCGGGGACCCUCCGGUGAAAUUGUAGGUACAGAGAUCGGUCUUGGCGGCGAAGGAGGUCAUGGUCAAACGAAGAUUCUUGAUGGUGGAGAAGUUCAGCGGCUGUUUGGCAUACCCAUUGAAGGCAUUAAUCAGUUUGGGAACCCCUCUGGUAGCAAAGAAAUUGAGGUUAUUGAGAAGAAGGAUGGGCGCGGGAGGCCUAAGGGUUGGAGGAAAAAGAAGGAAAUUCAUGAAGGAUUUGGAGAAAUGUCAGUUGAAGUUGCUGUUGGUAAUGUUGAGGGAAAUGAGGUUGUUAAGAAGAAAGAUGGGCGCGGGAGGCCUAAGGGUUGGAGGAAAAAGAAGGAAACUCUUGAAGAAUUUGAAAAACCGUCAGUUCAAUUUGCUGUUGUUAAUGUUGGGGGAAAUGAGGUUGUUAAUGUUGGGGGAAAUGAGGUUGUUAAGAAGAAGGAUGGGCGCGGGAGGCCUAAGGGUUGGAGGAAAAAGAAGGAAACUCUCGAAGAAUUUGGAAAACCGUCAGUUCAAUUUGCUGUUGUUAAUGUUGGGGGAAAUGAGGUUGUUAAGAAGAAGGAUGGGCGCGGGAGGCCUAAGGGUUGGAGGAAAAAGAGGGAAAUUCAUGAGCAAUUUGGAGAAAUGUCAGUUGAAGUUGCGGUUGUUAGUGUUGGUGGAAGUGAGGUUGUCAAGAAGAAGGAUGGGCGAGGCAGGCCAAAGGGUUCAACGAAUAGGAAGAAAAUUGGACGAGGCAGGCCAAAGGGUAGCAAGAAGAUAAUUCCUCUGGGUGAGGAAAAUGAAGGAAUGGGUUGUGAAUUUGGAAGCGGUGUUGACGGUGGAGAUGGGAUUGUUAAGAAGACGGAUGGGCGUGGGUGGCCCAAGGGUUCAUACUCGAAGAAUGAAAAGAAGUUGAUUGUUGAAGCUAAUGGGCCUGGUGAUGGAGUUGAGGAUGUGUUACAUUGGGUAAACAAUGAAGAACCAAUUAUUUGUGCUGAUGUAGAUGUUGGCGGAGAUGAGAAUGUAGCUUGUGACUCAAAAAGUGAAAACCCAAUUCUUUCUGCUAAUGGAGAUUGGGGUCAAGUGGCUGAAACUUACAUUGGAAAUGAUAAAGGAGAGGAGAAUGUAACUGCAAAACGAAAGCUUGGCCGACCAAAGGGAUCUACGAAGAAGAAGCCGCGGGUAAUUAUUGUUGGUGAAGUCUUGAAUUGUUCUAACAAAGAGGAGCAAGGUUUGGUUAUGAACAAGGAUGCUGGGGAGUUAUUGGUCCAAUCUAGCACUACUCAAAAAAAAUGUGUAGGAAGACCUAAGGGGAAGAGAAUUCAUGGAAUUAAAGUUGCCGGUAAUGCUGGUGUAUGUGCUAUUGUUAUGCGCAAGAAGGGGCGAGGCAGGCCAAAGGGUUCAAUGGGCAAGAAGAAAAUUCUUCCAUCUGAAGAAAAUCAAGCAAUGCCAUGGGGAUUUGGCAGCAGCAUUGACAGUGGAGAUGGCAUUGUUAAGAAGAAGGAUAGGCGAGGGCGGCCUAAAGGUUCAAAGAAUAGAAAGAAGUUAUUCGUUGCUUUUACUGAGGCUGGCAAAAUUGUUGGCUUCAGAAACGAUUGUAGAGAGGUGGACCAGCUUUCCAAGAUUGAGACUCAAAUGGCUACUGAUAAAGUAGAUCAGAGCCAGGAUGAUGGAUUUGCUCACAAAAAUGAUGGCGGAUUUGGGGUUGUGUCUCAUUGUGUAAAGGAUGAAGAUCCAAUCAUUAGUGCUAAUGGAGAUGCUGGCACCCAAAACAAUCAUGGCGGAGAUGAGAAUGUAGCUUCUGACUCAAGAAGUGAAAAACCAAUUCUUUCUACUAACGGAGAUUUGGGCCAAGUGACUGAAACUUCCAAUGAAAAUGAUAAAGGAGAGGAGAAUGUAACUACAAAGCGAAAGCUUCGCCAACCAAAGGGAUCUAUGAAGAAGCUGAAGAAGCCGCGGUUAAUUAUUGCUGGUGAAGUCCUGAAUUGCUCUAACAAAGAGGAAAAAGAUUCGGUUACAAACAAGGAUGCUGGAGAUCUAUUGGCUCAAUCUAGGAGUACUCAAAAAAGGCGUAGAGGAAGACCAAGAAAAAAUGUUGAUGAAUGUUACAAAUCCAUGAACACAGAUGAGGAAAAAUCCACGGAGGGAUUGGUGAAUUCCGGAUUGUCAGAUGCUAACAGUUGGAGAAAAGAGCAGGGAAGUUUGAUGUGUCACCAAUGCUUGAGGAGCGAUAAGAGUCGUGUUGUCUUUUGUUUAAAUUGCAAUAGGAAACGCUAUUGCUAUGAGUGCCUUGCAAAGUGGUACCCAGAGAGAACAAAGGAGGAAAUUGAGAAAGCAUGCCCAUUUUGUCAUGGCAAUUGUAAUUGUAGGGCUUGCCUUCAAGCCGAUGUAGUUGUGAAGGCUAGUCUCAAAGAAGCAGAUGAGAAUAUCAGAUUGCAAAGAUCGCUUUAUUUGCUACACAAAACUCUGCCUCUUCUCAGGCACAUCCAAGGAGAACAGAAUUCUGAGCUAGAUGUGGAAGCUGGCAUACGCGGUAUUCAAUUGACAGAAGCAGAUAUAGAGAAGUCUAUACUUGAUGAAGAUGACAGAGUCUACUGUGACAACUGCAAUACAUCCAUUGUCAAUUUCCACAGAACCUGCCCAAAUCCUGAUUGUUCAUAUGACCUGUGUCUCAAUUGUUGUCGAGAACUCAGAAAAGGUUUUCAGCCUGGAGGUAAUGAAGCAGAAUCUUCAAUUCAUCAGUUGCUUGAACGAUCUUAUGGUCAUGGUAUGGACAUGAAGUCAAAGAAACACGCUUGGGAGGGCCAAGUGACACUCCGAGAAAAUGAUUAUCAAGCUGAUAUGUAUGGUGACUUUCCCGAUUGGAGCGCAAAGAUGGAUGGUAGCAUUCCUUGCCCUCCAAAAGGACGUGGAGGUUGUGGUGCUGGAAUAUUGGCACUGAGACGCAUCUUCGAAGUUAAUUGGGUGGAUGACCUAAUUAGGAGUGCAGAGGACCUUACAAUCAACUAUCAGUCACCAGAUAUUGAUUUUUCUCAGGGAUGUUCGUUGUGCUUUCCUGUCAGAUCUGCAGGAGGUGAUGGGAAUGAUUUUGGAGUAAGGCAGGCAUCUUUUAGGAAGAGCAGUCAUGAUAAUUUUCUUUACUGCCCAAAUGCUGAUCACAUGGAAGAUAGUGAGUUUGAGCAUUUUCAAAUGCACUGGAUGAGAGGCGAACCUGUCAUAGUUAGAAAUGUACUUGCAAAGACUUCUGGUCUUAGUUGGGAACCAAUGGUCAUGUGGAGGGCUUUCAGAAGUGCAAAAAGAAAAUUGAAAGAGGAGAGCUUUUCCGUUAAGGCCAUUGAUUGCUUGGAUUGGUGUGAGGUUGAGAUUAACAUUCACCAGUUCUUCAAGGGCUAUUUAGAGGGUCGUAGGCAUCAGACUGGGUGGCCUGAGAUGUUGAAGCUGAAGGAUUGGCCGCCAACAAAUUCAUUCGAGGAAUGUUUGCCGAGGCAUGGUGCUGAAUUUGUUGCUAUGCUUCCCUACAGUGAUUAUACUCAUCCCAGAUCUGGUCUUCUGAAUUUUGCUACAAAGCUUCCUGAUGGGGCUUUGAAGCCAGACUUGGGGCCCAAAACAUAUAUUGCUUAUGGAUCUCCAGAAGAACUUGGUAGCGGUGAUUCAGUGACUAAACUUCAUUGCGACAUUUCUGAUGCGGUUAAUGUACUGACACACACAGCCAAGGUGAAGAUUGCUCCACAGCGACAGAAAAUCAUCAAAAAAUUGCAGGAGAAGUAUGAAGCUGGAGAUUUGCCUGAGCUUCAUGGUGGAACAAACGAUGUAUUGGGCACACUUGAUAAAAUGCUACCAAAGCAAUCUGACAAAGUCGAAAACAUGGGUUUUGAGUAUGCGGAGAAAAUGGACAUCAGUGAGAUGGAUGCUUUCUUGCCAGAAAAUUUGGAGAAAUUGGAUGAAGAACAUGACAAGAGAACAUUGCCCCUGUUAGAUUCCAUUGGUUGGGGAACACACACUGUUCAAAAUACUAGUGGGCAAUCUGUUGGAGAUUUGAAUACAAGGGAUCAGACAAAUGGCAUUUACAUGCAUGCAUUGGAAGAAUCCAGGUCAACUUUUCCAGAAAGACAUUGUGAAGGGAAAAGUGAUUUUGAUAUUGUACGCCCUGAGUUUCAAAGACACUCAUCAUCACUUCACAGUGGUCAAUGUGAUAUAUUGACCAACUUUGUUAAUGGGAAUUCAUCUGUUGUCCAAAAGUGCAGUGGCAGACACAUGGAUAUUGCUGAUAGGAAUUCUUUAUUUGACGCAAUAAAUGCAAACACCAUCUGUCCUGCAACCGAACGAUCAUGUUGUGCUCAAAAACAUGAUACAGAAGAUGCUUUGGUUUUAAGAGAUCUGCUAAAUCAAGAUUAUGUUGAUUCUUCUAGCAAUCAAAAAUAUUGUCAACCGUGUGAUCUGCAGACAAUGAAUCCCAUCAGUGGUGAAGAUGCUAAGGAGGCAGCCUUUUUGGGCAAUAGACUUGUCAGUUCAGCAUCAACGAGGACAAAUUCUUUUCCACUGGAUGAUACUUUUCAAAGCAACAACUGUUCAGAGGUCAUACAACAAGGAAGUGCCGUUUGGGACAUAUUCCGUAGGCAGGAUGUGCCCAAGUUAAUUGAAUACUUGAAGAAGCAUUGGAAAGAAUUUCGCCACAUCAACAAUUGUCCUGUGACUUCUGUGGUUCAUCCUAUUCAUGACCAGACCUUUUAUCUGAAUGAGAAGCAUAAGAAACAGCUGAAGGAAGAAUUCAAUAUAGAACCUUGGACAUUUGAGCAAUACCUUGGAGAGGCUGUGUUCAUUCCUGCAGGAUGCCCGCAUCAAGUGAGAAACAGACAGUCCUGCAUUAAAGUGGCCCUCGAUUUUGUAUCCCCUGACAAUGUCCAAGAAUGCAUCCGGUUGACAGAGGAGUUUCGAUUGCUUCCAAAAACCCAUAGAUCUAAGGAAGAUAAAUUGGAGGUGAAGAAGUUGGCACUGUAUGCUGUAAGUGUCGCUGUCAGUGAAGCCAAAAAUCUGAUGUUGAAACUCGACUCGACAAACACAGUGGGGCAGGACGAAUCACAAGACAAACCAGCUUUUUGUAACUGAGGGCUCUCAUUAUUGGUACAGCCACAACUGAAAUUAGUUCAAUAGCUGGUGUGAACAUGUUUUUUUUAGAUGCCUUUGGUAUGUAAUAGGCAUCGGCAAUCUUUGCUGCGCACUGCCUUGUAUUGUAAAAUAGCAUAAUUUAGGUAGAUGAUGUUCUGUUAUUAUCUAUCUGGUCUGCAUCCAACUGAAUUUGUAGUCUUUUUGGUUGAUGCUUUUAAAAAUCUUAACUUUUGGCUUUUCAACCAUAUGACAAAAGGGUGGUGUAAAUGGUUUAUUAAGUAAAUGCUCAAGAAUUUGUGGUCGUGUUGUUUCAUC